GCUGCAAACAACGUCGAGUUCCAUUAACUGCGAGUUGAGAAAAAGAAAAACAAGUCAACUAAACAAAAUAAAUUUGCUAAAGAAAUUUUAAUAAUACAUAAACCAAGUUAGUUAUUUCUUACUAAUUUGCUUAAAGUUGUGUGAGUUAUAUAUGUAUGCGCGCUUUUAAACGAGUUUACAUGCCAGAGUAGUAUGGAAUAACAUUGUAAAGCAUAUACAAUUUUCCAAAUAACGCUAGCAUAUUGUAGUGAAAUUUUCACGGAAGCAAAUACCACACAACAUUCCAUUCAUUUUUGAUAGUAAGUUCACUUGCAGAGCUUUCAACUUUAAUUGCAGACGCAACUACAGUUAGUAGAAAAAACUCCUAAAUGCCUGUCGUGAAUAACGCAAAAAACAUGGAUAUCGUUAUAAGCGAGGAGGAUAUGUCCGUGGCACAGGUGGGCAUUUAUGCAUCCAUAUCAUUCCUGGUGGUAACGGUGUUGGGCGCUUUGUUCUAUGUUUCCUGUUCGAAGAAAUAUCGCCUCAAUUGGUUUGAGAAAAACCUACUUGAAUCAGCAGCAGAGACACAGGAUGCAGAAAAUUGCAACGACCCACUUGUGGCUGGUGCUGCGGGUUACAACGCGGAUAACAUCAGUGAAUGUUCACGCUCUCGUUCGAUUUGCAAGGGCAAUCUGAGCCCCACCUCCAUUAACACCGACGAUCCGGCCUUUUGGGUACCACCGCCGCGAAAAACUGUGCAACAACAGGUUUCAACAUCUGCUGAAGAAUCGCCACCACCAACGCCCACCUCACCAACUGGUAGUCUUAAAUCGAAUACGCUUUCAAUGUCUUCAACGAGUUCAGUGCCCAUAACACGCUCCGACAAGCAUGUGGUAUUAGGCAUGAAUCCAAGUAGACCGAAAGUCUCAUCGAUGAGCGCAAAACUGGAUCAUACAAAAAUUGAUAUGUCUUUAUAUAGAAAUAACUCUCAACAGAAGGGUUCACCACAAGGCAGCGAUGAUAUACGCGGAAAUAUUCACUUGAGCGUUGUAUACGAUCCAAUAGCUGGUAUGCUCUCGGUGCAUUUAAUAGAGGCACAAAGUUUACAGCCACGUGACUUCAGCGGUACAGCCGAUCCAUAUGCCAAAGUGCGUCUGCUGCCUGAGAAGAAAAAUUUCUGGCAAACGCGUAUACAUAAAAAAACGCUUAAUCCAAUUUUCGAUGAGGACUUUGUCUUUGAAGAGAAUUCAAACGUUAUUGAUAAGCGUACAAUUGAAAUCCUUCUUUACGAUUUCGAUGCAUAUUCACGACACGUCUGCAUUGGCGGCGCUCAGAUACCGUUGAAUAGUUUGGACUUAACCGAAAAAGUUGAGCUGUGGACACCUUUGGGCUCCUGUGCAGAGCAAGACUUGAAAGUAGAUUUGGGCGAUAUCAUGGUUUCCUUAUCAUUUUUGCCCUCAGCUGAGCGUUUAACUGUUGUAUUGAUAAAAGCGCGCAACUUGCGUAUAAUAGAUGACUCACGCAACUCAUCCGAUCCAUAUAUUAAGGUGGCUUUACUCUCCGGUGGUAAGAAAAUCAAAAAGCGUAAGACUGGUGUGGCUCGUAACACCAUUUGUCCAGUAUAUAAUGAAGCGCUUACCUUCGAUGUCAACAAAGAAACGCUGAAAAAUUGUCUCAUUGAGUUUACCGUCGUGCACGAUGGGCUCUUAGGAUCGAGCGAAAUACUUGGACGUGCUGUUAUUGGCAACUCUGCAGAUGUGCGUCCAGAUGAGCGUAUAUUUUUCGAAGAAAUGUUUCGUUCCAAAAAUUCACUCGCCCAAUGGGUUCCACUACAGGAGACAAGUAAUAUGCGGCCCAACGUAGCAAGUGCACCAACCAAUGCGAACUAAAGUGUGAAUGCUAACAUAUAUUGAAUGGCUAACAGAAAUUCAACAGAAAGAUGUUAUUGCGCUGUUGACUUUAACAGCUGUCAGGCAUUUACCGCUGUUAAAAGGUUAGCAGUGGCAUUAAUUUACAGUACCAGAUAAUCUUCAAAAGUUUCAAUUAAUUAUAUGGAAUAUGUAUAAAUUUUGGACUCAUAUACAAGAGAUUAAUGUAGUAGGAGUGACAUUAUUUAAAUAUUAAUUAUUAAAAUAAAUAAUUAUUUUGUUUCUGCUGCAAGUUUGAAUUAACGAAAAAUUCAACUUUUAUUGAGUUCAUACAUAUUUCGAUAACGUACAUUUAUUAUACAGAGAACAUAAGCAGAAAGAAGUAAAAUUGUUAUGAUUUUUUGUAACUUUUAUGUACAUUUACAGAUAUAUAGAUUUAUGUAAAUGUUACUUAAAAGCAGGGAAACAAAAUUAAAGUUAAUUAGGCAGUCUUUGAUCUAAAAAAAUAUAUUAUUUUUGAAAAUAAUAUCUUAUAUGCUUGAUCAAGUUUAUUCAGUGAGCUACUAUGUGUGCUUUCAAGGCAGUUA